UGGUGUUGCUUGGAAACAGACUGUCUUGAAUUCUUACUAAAAAAGCAGCAUCUCGCUUUUAUACCCGCGAGAUCAGCACGGGGAGAUGCAGGUGUCAAAGGAGCAUGUCUGUUAGUCCAGGAUAUACUGUUAUCUGGAAUGCAAGUUACGGCGCCUGGGAUUGUAGACAAGAAUGUCCAGGGCUUCAGGGCACCACAGAGCUUCACUGGAACAUGAAGUGCACAUGUGCACAUUUGCACAGCAUGAGCGCUGCAACCCUGUGCUGACAGCAACUGGCUGAUGAUGACUCAAGGAGGAGCUGUUUGUGUGGCGCACAUUCUCUCUCGAUAUAGCCAGAACUUUCCAAGGCUCCCGGAGCUAUCCUCAGAACUUUGGUCUCAGAGUUGACCGGGCUAAUUCCAGACAUUUCCAACCCCUUUCAACACGUCACCCAACAGAUUCUAUAAAGGAGGUACUCGGCAGGGCAUAAUGGCACAAUUCACGCAACCAAGAAGCUUUUAUAGCAUGAAGACACAGUCACCAAUGGUACAGAUGUCUACUAACGACCCAUUGCCCCCUGGCUGGGAAAUUAAAAUUGACCCGCAGACAGGAUGGCCCUUUUUCGUGGAUCAUAACAACCGCACAACCACCUGGAACGACCCCAGACACGACGUGAAAAAGGAUGCCCAGGCUUCUUCGAACGGCCCUUGUCUGGCCUCACAGCUGUCUCCCCAGGAGCCUCAGAAGCAGUAUCAGAGGGAGGUGAAAUACCCAAACCUUCGGCCAGGAUACAUCCCCAUCCCCGUUGUUCAUGACAACGUGGAUCCCAGGCAGCAGCAGCAACACCCGUACUACUCCUAUCCCCAGCCUGCCCCCAUGCAGAGGGUCAGGACCGAGGGGCGGGUGCCUUCUCCCACACCAGGUCACACAGGGCGACCCAAGUCCCCCAUCAGGCUCCCAGCAGAGGACUGUCCGAGUGAUCCACACUGUGGGCAAGGCUUGUCGUCUUCACCUGUCUCACAGGCACCUGAGUUUCAGACCCUUCACCAUGUCCACCAUCAGCACCUUCCCCAGACCUCGUGCUCCCACACGGCUCCUGGCCACCAGCCUGCCCGGCCAGGAAGCAGUGGACCCCAGCUUCAGCCUGGUUACAUCCCCAUACCCGUGAUCCACGAGGGGGCAACGGGCCGUUCCCUGGGCCCGCCCACGCCUGUUGUCCACCCCCAGCGUCCCUCUCACAUGGACUACCAGCCAGCCUUCUCCCGAAUCCAGCCAGAAGAAUGGACUGUCCACACAGCCCCUGCCCAUUCCAAUCGCGACAGGCCAAGCCACGAGACCUCUCCCGUGCAGAUUCCCCCCCACGCCAGAGCCCAGUCACCUGUCAAGGCUCAGGUCAUGGGAGAGCGUCCACAGGUUCAACAUCAUAUUGUACAGCAGGAGUCUCCUCCUAAAUUUUACCAGGAGGAGCAUGGCAGCCCACCAGGAUUUGAAAUGCCUCAAGGGUUUGCCCAGGCAGUCCAUAGAGAUGCUGAGGCAAGACAGCCUCCUGAGAAACAAGAGAAGACAGAGGUCAAAGUCCAAGUGCCAGUAAAAUCUGAACCCCAAGAAUUUAGGCCAGUGCCAGAAGAGGUUCAUCCACAGAAGAUGGAGGAAUCAGUGGAAUUACCUCCAAGACACCCAGGCCUGGAAAAAGUUCAGCAGAUUGUGGAGAGGGUGCAGAAGUUAGAAGAGGAGGUAAAAUAUUUUGAUGGGAAGAAGAACGACAAAAAGUACCUGAUACUGGAAGAGCUUUUAACAAAAGAACUGCUAGCCCUGGACUCUGUUGACCCUGAAGGCCGGGAUGAUGUGAGGCAGGCAAGGAGAGAUGGGGUCCGCAAGGUGCAGAACAUUUUGGAAGGACUCGAGCUGAUUGGUGAGGAGCAGAAGUAUUGUGAAGGCCCACAGUCCGUUAGUGAGGGCUCUGUGGAAGGCAGUAGCCCCCCAAGCAAAGGGGAAUUAAACAGAAUUGGUCACGUGGAUGCCACAAUGGAGAAGGAGAUCUCCUAACAGCACUGCCGAAGCUGGAAAUAAAAAGAAAAGCACAGAUAAAAAGACAAUUUGCUGCUCUAAAUCACUUAUAUUCCUGUAGUUUUGAAUGAACUUAUAAAAUGCAUGCCUUAAGGACUUUAACGGCAGUUGUGUUACGCCAUCUUGUAGAUGACUGGGAAGGAAGUUCAUAUUUGUAUCAACAAGAGCACUUCGCAAAGUAAUGAAAACUUUUUACUGUUGGGACUAUCGCGGUUAGAUCAAUGAAAGAGAUAUCUGUAAAAGGAACGUCAUUAUUUCUGAAACUGAAGAGUCAAGAAAUGGCCUUUAUUAAAAAGCCACUACCUUGAGACAUAUUUUGGAUGUAGUUUUAUCUUUUUUUAGUGUCUGUUAAUGCAGGUUACAUUCAGUUCAUAUUCAGUACAUUUCUCACUGCAAACUGUACAGAAUGUAGCUGUUACUAAGCAUAUAAACACUUGGAGUUUUUUUUUUUUCCUUUGGCAGAUGUUGCUUCCUGAAGAUACAAAUAUUUGAUUUCAGAUGAAUUCUUUACAGCAAUACAUUCUAGCAUUCUGUUUGUUAUGUUUUUAAACCUUAUGUGAGUGCAGUUAGCUCUGGGUAGAGAUUUGUGUUAUUCUCAGUCAGUUUGCUCCACUUGCUUUGCUAACUUCAGGGCGCAGUCUCAUCUCGGCAUUGCAGUCUUCAAGUUAUCUUUGUAGUAACAGAUUUAAAUUUGUUUUAAAUUUAAUGUUUAAAAUAUUUGUGGAAAAGGUAAAGAACAUCUAAACUAUGUUAAGCAGUCUGUAAAAUGUCUUUAACUUUCUCCACAACUUGUUAUAAACAGACUUUGUCAGUGUUCUGAGGUUACACAGUCAGGAGCACUUUUGUCGGAGGGAUUAUUGUGCCUGUAAUGUCCCACACUCACAGUAAUGCUUUGCAUGAAGUCAUUCUUUACUACAGACAGACUGAGAAGGCAGUGCUCAACUGCUGCAAUCAAUGAUUUUUACCACAUGUGUUCAAAUGAGUAAAUGUUUACAGGCAUUGGAGUUAUAAAUGCUAAUAGGCCUUUGGGAAGCCAUCUUUAGACACAGAAAGUGAAAAGUCCUUGACAUCUACACCAGGCCAAAUAAAUGUUUUCACAUAGCAUAAUGUACCAAAUUGUACAGAGCAGCUUUUUGUUAAUCAAAAACAAAUUCACUGUAUUGUGUGUGGUUACUUAUAAUACGCAAAAACAUGACAGAGUUAAAUAACACUGAUGGAGUGCUAUGAAAAUAAAAGAAAACCAGUGAAAUUUACUUUAUGUACACUUUCGUGUAAGACAGGCAACAUCUGAUGUGGAAUACAGAAACAUAUCAGAGAGGUGAAGGAAAAUGCUUUAUGAUUUAAGACAAUAAUCCAAAAGUAGUAUUCAUAUAAUUUCCCAGCUGUACCAGGGAUAGAGAGGCUUAUUCUCAUCACCUUUAAUGCUACAGUACAAAUAUGAUUUUGCACUAAGAGAUUUAGAAUAGUUUUAAAAUAACAACAUUUAAAAUCCCUGUUGUAAAUUAACAUGAAAGCAUGGAUCGCUCACAGCAAUGCUCUAGUAGGGUUUUUGUUCAGUAGCAUAAAUUAAUGUACAAAUAUUGCCAGUACAAACAGUUGUGUCAAGGGGAGUUAAAAAGUAGUGUUGUGCUAACACAUUUCUAAAUUAGGAACAAACAGAGCAGUUCUGUGUGUAUGUGAGAGGGUCUUUUUACACAAGCAGAGCAAUGACAGUGGUUCAAACUGUCUUUGUGCUGUAAAAUCUGAUUUAACAGCUUCUGUAAGAGAAUCCCAUUUAUGGCACCACAGUGCUCUAUCACUGUCUUAUACUCUUUUGAUUAAUUGGCUGACUUCAUAAAAAAAUUGGAAUGUAAUGCACUCAAGUAAUUGAAACCCUUAUUAUUCUCAUAAAUUGGUAUCAUAUGAUAAAGGUCUUUGAUCUUUUGCCAAACUUGUGGGAAUUGUAAUCCUAACCUGUAAACAGCACAAAUCUUGCAUAACACAAAUAAGUGAAUAUAUAAGCCUAUGUGAUUCAUGGCCUUACUUUUCCCAUGAUAAAACUUUUAAGUUCCAUUAAAUUUGUAUAAUGUUCAUACAAACUUUUGAAAAUUCUGUUGUUCUGGGCAAUAGCUUAUUCAUCAAAACUUAUCUUGAUUUGACACCUAAUUCCAUUGGAAUUAUUGCUUUGCUUAUGACAAGAGCUAAUUGGAAAUGUGAGAUACAAGUGGUAUGGAUAUGGUACCGUCAAUAAAAACCUUCUAAUAUAAAUCCUGGCAUUUGCCAGCAGUCCUUGCUGAGCUUCUGGAAAUAGCCUCUAAAUAAAAUCCCAUUCUCUCUUGUCUCUGCUGUAGGGGCUUUCGUAUUUAGUUUAUUAUUAGAAUGGGCAAUCAUAAACCAUCCAUAUGGUGCCUUGUGACUGCUCUCCUGUAUUAAAAGAAAGCAGGCAUGGAGAUCAGUCAGUUUGACUGUUGGGCACUUUAAGGAAUGUUCUGAGUAUUGUGUGUUGGAUUAUUUAAGUGUGAAGGAGUUUUCUGUUGUUGUUUUUGUUUACCUAUUCAGUAAAAUAAAAAUAAAAACUACUUCAAUACUCCUG